AUGUCAACCCAGAUGCUCCUGGACAUCGUCAGCAGGCCGUCAUCAUCGCCACCAAAGAGGCCUGGGACGUCAGGGAGAAAAGAAAGGUCUUCCCCAACCCCCCACAGGAGCUGCUCCACCCGACCUCGGCCCUGGCCACGCCGAGAAGCUUCUUCGAGCAGAAGGCCCCGCCCAUCGGCCAGCUGUGUCUGGGAGAGCUGGUGGUUCCAUUCGCCAGUAUGGAAAUGCUCCGUUCCACUGGCUCGCCAACGAUGUGGGCUACAUGAAGUACAUGCUGGACAAGCACAGACUGGAGACAACAAACAGACAAAGGGAAAGGUGGGGAACCAGUGGGUGAAGGACUUCCUCACCGAGGAUGCUGAGAGCUUCCCACAAGUCUCCAGUCUGCUUGAGGCCCACAUCGACAGGUGUAUCUACGGCCAGAGAGGGUUUGAGCAUCACACCUUUCAGGAGAUGUGGGAGCUCUACAGCCAGUACCUCGCCCAGGAGGACCGGCCAGAGCAGGUCAGUGCUGAGCAGAGGGAGCUCACUCAGAAGGCCCACAGUUCUGUGAGGAGGUGGCUGCACACACCAGUGACCCACAUCACCAGCGUGCAGAUGAAGAGGUUCAGGAGGUUCAUCAAGGAGAAGGACCAAGUUAGCACCAGGUGUGAUGUGUCAUCAUGGCCAAAUGAUGAGGCUGAACUGGUUGCUGCAAGCCAGGCUGUGGAAGACUUGCUCAACUCUGAAGAGGCUGCACGCCUGGGAAAGACUAGCAGCCAUUCCCAGGGUUCCUGUCCUACAGAAGGGACCAAGCAGCCGAAACAGCCUGAUCCCACUGUCCGCAGGAAACAGCAUGAGCCCGCCAUACUGGGCGAGGUCUACGCAGUACAAGCGGAAGGGUGGCGGAACAGCCCUCAGCAGUGGACUUAA